CCGCCCGCCGCCCGCCGCCCGCCCGCGCUCCGCACUCCGCCGCCGCCAUGGUGCAGGCCUGGUACCUGGACGCCUCCUCCGCCGACCCCCGCCGCCCGAACCGCGCCGAGCCCGCCCGCCCGGUGGGCCUGGAGCAGUUGCGCCGCCUCGGGAUCCUGUACUGGAAGCUGGACCCUGACAGACACGAGAGUGACCCCGAGCUGGAGAAGAUCCGCAAGGAGAGACACUACUCCUGGAUGGACAUCGUCACCCUCAGCAGAGAGAAGCUGCCGGACUACGAGGAGAAGCUCGAGAUGUUCUACACGGAGCACCUGCACGGGGACGAGGAGAUCCGCUACGUGCUGGACGGCAGCGGCUACUUCGACGUGCGGGACGCGGAGGACCGGUGGAUCCGCAUCGCCGUGGCGAAGGGAGACAUGAUCACCCUCCCCGCGGGGAUCUACCACCGCUUCACGCUGGACGAGCAGGACUACGUGAAGGCCAUGCGGCUGUUCGUGGGAGAACCGGAGUGGACGGCGCACAACCGGCCGGCGGACCACUUGGAGGCUCGGGGCCAGUACCUGGCGUUCCUGGCGCAGAGCGCAUAGCGGCGCCCUGGGCCAGCGCACCCCUCGCCCGGCCGCCCUGCUCGUGACAGCGGCAGGAAACUUACUGUGUCCUCCCCUCGGGGAGGGUGUCUGAUCAGGAGCCGUAAGCCUGAUUUUCAUGUAGAAGCCAGUGUGGGCGGGCGCCACCCACUCUCCUGGAGCCCUGUGCCGUGUCCCUGCCUGGCCGUCCGACGGACCUGCUGCCAGACUCGGUGCAGACUGUGCGCAGUGACCGGGCUCUUGUCCCACACCGGAGGGGAGCUGGGCGGCCCUCAUGAGGGGAGCUCAUACCACUUUCUUGUUUAAAAUAAAUAAAGCAGCUGCCUUGUCCUGGCCAGUGCCUCAUGUCCCAAUACACCAAGGCUGUGGGUUCGUACAAGCCUCUGCCAAUGACCUCAUCAGUAAGGGGAACUGGACAUGUCUCUCAUCAAUAAAAAUAAAUAUGUAGCU